AUGGCGAACCAAAUGGGGCUGAACACCACGCAUGGCCUAGAGCAACUCUCCAUCUUGGAGCAGUCUACCUUCCAGGAGGUGGUGGGCCUUCUCUGCAUGAUCCUGCUCACUGUCACUGCCCUAGUGGCCAACACGGUGGUGAUGAUUGUCAUUCUCAAAACUCCGCUUCUCAAGAAGUUCAUCUUUGUCUGCCAUCUCUGCCUGGUUGACCUUCUCUCUGCCAUCUUCCUUAUGCCCCUGGGGAUCAUCUCGAGCUCCUCCUGCUUCAACAGGGUGAUCUACAGCAUUGCCGAGUGCCAGACCUUGAUAUUCCUGAAUGUCUGCUUCAUCAGUGCCUCCAUUCUCACCAUCUCCAUCAUCAGUGUCGAGCGUUACUACUAUAUUGUCCACCCGAUGAGGUAUGAGGUCAAGAUGACCAUUGGACUGGCUGUGGCCGGAGUGGUCUUCAUUUGGGUCAAGUCUGCCCUCAUGACUGUCUUGGCAUUGGUGGGCUGGCCACAAGGCAACGGGGCUACCAGUGCCAGCCGGUGCACAGUCUUUUGGAGCCCAGGAGCCCAUAAGAAGGUCUUUGUGGUCAUCUUCAGCAUUGUCUGCUUCAUCUUGCCCACCAUCAUCAUCUUUGCUGUCUACUGCAGUAUCUAUCGUGUGGCCCGGAUAGCGUCCCUGCAGCAGGUGCCCAUGCCUCCACGGGCAGCUGCACCCAGGCACCGAUCAGACUCCAUUGCCAGCCAAAUGACCAUCAUCACCACCAGGAAUCUGCCACUGCCCAGGCUAGCUCCAGAGCGCUUUUUGGGAGGCAACAAGGCCAUCCUCACCUUGCUCCUCAUUGUGGGACAGUUCUUGUGCUGCUGGCUGCCCUUCUUUGCUUUCCACUUGCACUCUUCUGUCACUGCUGACACGGUGGGUGAGGGGCAUGGGGAGAUGGCAGUCACCUGGCUUGCCUACUCAUCCUUUGCCAUCAAUCCCUUUUUCUAUGGGCUGCUCAACCGACAGAUCCGGGAGGAGCUGGCAAGGCUCGGACGCAGCUGUCUCAACCGGCCACUGGGCCAGGAGCUGUGUCUCUCUGUCUCUGAGGCCUCCAUCCAGGAAAAUUUCCUGCAGUUCCUCCAGAGAGCAACUUGCACACUGGAGACCCACUCUAGCUGCAUCAGCUCCAGCCCCAGGAACAGGCUGGACCAGACCAGGACGGGCUUUCCCAUCCCGGGUCAAGUCCCCGAAGAGAGCAGCUGA